AUCCGGAAGCACGUGACCUAGAGUAUCUGUCAUGGCGGCCGCUAUGUAGAAGAAAAACGAAGAAAAGGAUGGAAGAAGGCGCUGCUUUUCAUAACGCGGCCGAAAUCGGCAACAACAUGAACAUGCAAGGUUCAUCAAUUGGCCGAAAAGUGGAGGAAGUAAAUCAACGAGCUCAGUAUUCAAUGCCAGGGAUUCUGCACUUUCUUGAAACUGAAUGGGCAAAAUUCCAGAUGGAGAGAGCUGAAUGGGAAGUUGAGAGAGCCGAAUUACAGGCUAGAAUAGCCUUUCUCCAAGGCGAAAGAAAAGGGCAAGAGAAUCUUAAACAAGAUCUAGUUAGACGUAUCAAAAUGUUGGAGUACGCUUUAAAGCAAGAACGCACCAAAAUGCAAAAAAUGAAAAUGGCGAAUUCUGUCAGUUCCCCGCCGACAACCUCUGAAUUUAAAGACGACGAGGAGCGUCCGUCUUCAGAAACCACUCAGUCAACCAACAGCGCUAGCUGGCGGCAAGGGCGUCACCUUUUACGGCAAUACUUACAAGAAAUUGGUUAUGCCGAGACAAUAAUUAAUGUAAGAUCAGCAAGAGUUAGGCAAAUGUUAGAUCUAGAUCGGCCUGUAAACGGUUCUCGGGGGAAAAUGCUAACAGAGAAAGCUCUGUACGAAGCCGAGGCGUCUGUUAUAGCCACAAUGGACUUUCUACAGAGUAAUCAUGAUGAUGCCGUUUUCAAUCCUGAUGCUAGUGACGAAGAGGAAGAUAUAUCUGAUCGUGUUAAAUCCAGGAAGGAUACUGAUUCAGAGGCUAGUGUUAUUAAACAAUUUGAGGAGAUGUUAGAAACAGCUGAUGCAGACGAUUCGACUAAAGAAGACUGGGAAGUCGAUGAGCCAUACCUAAAACGUUUACAAGAAGAGUUUAAAAAAGACCAAAGAGGUAAAAAGCCCUCAGCACGCCCUACCCGACAAUCUCUUAAUAAUAUGCUGAAAAGCUUGGAAGGGCAUACAGAGGAGGAGGAGGAGGAGGAAAGCAACACAAAUGAAUCAAAUAAAGCAUUGACCGGUGCGGAUUUAGUGUUAGGCGAACUAAAAGACUUGACCGUUAGUAAUAUAUGCGAGGAAGAGUCUCAUGUCUCGUCGGUUGUCGAACCGAAUAGGAAAACGUGGCAAGCCAAAUAUAUGCUUCGAUCACAUUUUGAUGCGAUUAGAUCAUUGGCUUUCUUCUCUAAUGAUGACGUACUUGUAACCGGUGGGGAAGACCAUACAUUAAAGUUAUGGAAUGUUCAGAGAAACUUGAGAACAUCGCCUGGCAAGAAAGCUAUUGCCGCGAUGGAUAUUGAACCAGUUUAUACCUUUAGGGGACAUCGAAGUCCUGUAAUCAAAGUGGCGCUAUCUGAAAAUAGCGAAUACGUAUACAGCAGUAGUUUAGACGGCGAAAUCCGGAUUUGGAAGACACCCUUAAUCUCGAUCGAUCCAUACGAAUUAUAUGAUAGUUCAACUAACGCACAUGUCAUAAAUAAGCACACUGAUGCUGUCUGGGGUUUGGCAUCAAGAGACGACUUUUUUAUAUCAGCAUCAUCCGAUUCAACUGUAGGAAUAUGGAAAGAUGAUGCUUCACUACAACGAACCAUCAAUUUUCCAAUAGAAUAUGGAAUACCAACCUGCGUAGAUAUUCUAAAGGCUAAUAACAAUCAGGUAUUGGUUAGCUGUUCAGAACCAAAUCCAACAGCUGCCAUUAUCUACGAUAUAGAAACGGGAGAAAGUAUUACAAGGCUCGAUAUUCCCGAUUCAAAAGUUGGUCGUGUUAACUCUGUUGCGGCUCACCCUAGUUCGAGUUUGGUCAUUACAGCUCAUGACGAUCGACAAUUACGUUUCUUUGACACUCAAUCCGGUAAAAUGAUACAUUCGAUGAUUGCCCAUUUGGACUGCAUCACAUCGGUCGGUAUCGAUCCGUCCGGUUUGUACUGCGUAUCCGGAAGUCAUGAUGCCUCCUUAAGAAUAUGGAGUAUAGAAACAAGACAAUGUAUUCAAGAGAUUACGGCUCACAGAAAAAAAUUUGACGAAGCCAUUCUGGACGUUGCUUUCCACCCAAAUAAGCCGCUUAUCGCUUCGGCGGGCGCCGAUGCUUUGGCUAAAGUUUUUAUAUAAUAUCGUAUUCACACGAUUAACGAACAUCAUGAUUUAUAUAAAUAUAUAUAUACAUAUAUAUGUAUAUAUAUAUAUGUAUAUGCAUAUAUAGU